AUGCAUAAACCAAAAAUGGUGGAGAAGGAUGAAAAUGAAAAUGAAAAUGAAAAUGAAGAAGAUGAAAAGAGUGGAUUUUUUCAUGCGGUGAAGGAUUUCAUUCAUGACGUUGGGGAGAAGAUCGAGGAGGUAGUUGGGUUCGGGAAGCCAACUGCUGACGUGGCCGCAGUACACAUUUCAUCCAUCAAUGUUGACAAGGCAGACCUUGUUCUUGAUUUGGUGAUAAAGAACCCAAAUCCAGUGCCUAUCCCUCUAAUAGACAUAAACUAUUUGAUCGAGAGUGGUGAGAGAAAAUUAGUUUCAGGAUUGAUACCAGAUGCAGGUACAAUACAUUUACACGGAGAAGAGACCAUACAAGUUCCUGUCACUUUGGCAUAUGCAGAUAUCAAAAACACUUAUCAUGAUAUUCAACCCGGAAGCAUUCUUCCAUAUAGGGUGAUGGUUGACCUAAUUUUUGAUGUUCCUAUUUUGGGAAGGCUAACCUUGCCUAUGGAGAAAACAGGAGAAAUUCCAAUUCCGUACAAGCCUGAUGUCAAUGUUGAGAAAAUUCAGUUCGAGAGAUUCUCUACUGAAGAGACGGUUGCUAUUCUUCACAUGAAAAUAGAGAAUAAGAACGACUUUGAUCUGAACGUCAAUGCACUUGAAUAUGAGGUGUGGCUUGGUGAUGUGAACAUUGGAGGUGCAGAGCUACCGAAAUCCGCAACGAUUGAGAAAGGUGGAAUCAACUUCAUUGAUAUUCCAGUGACCUUUAGGCCUAAGGAUUUUGGAUCUGCAGUUUGGGAUAUGAUUAGAGGAAGGGGAACUGGCUACACCAUAAAAGGAAAUGUUGAUGUUGACACGCCGUUUGGUGCAAUGAAGUUGCCCAUCAGCAAAGUCGGUGGUACUACGAAAUUGAAGAAGAAAAAGGAUUGUGAUGGUGAUGAUGAUAAUAAGGAUUGAAGAACAAUUUGCAUCAAGUUAUCAGAGGUUGUUUAAUUUAGAAAACUUAGUUCCACUAAAAAUUAAAAUUGAGAAGAGACCUUGAGUAUAAUUCAAGGCAUUACUUCUUAGUCCUGAU